UUUCCGCCUCCUGUCGGCUUCCGGAAGCUCAUCUCAAAAUGCUGAACUGCUGUUUGGAAGUCGCGGGUGCUGUAGUAGUUGGAGUCUGUACACGGGCCUGAGCCUCGAGGCCAGGCUCCUGGGUGUCGUUAAUGUUCGGGGCCGCCGGGCGCCAACCGAUCGGAGCUCCAGCAGCCGGGAACAGCUGGCAUUUCAGUAGAACCAUGGAGGAGCUGGUUCACGACCUUGUCUCAGCUUUGGAGGAGAGCUCAGAGCAAGCUCGAGGUGGAUUUGCUGAAACAGGAGACCAUUCUCGAAGUAUAUCUUGCCCUCUGAAACGCCAGGCAAGGAAAAGGAGAGGGAGAAAACGGAGGUCCUAUAAUGUGCAUCACCCGUGGGAGACUGGUCACUGCUUAAGUGAAGGCUCUGAUUCUAGUUUAGAGGAACCAAACAAGGACUACAGAGAGAAUCACAAUAAUAAUAAAAAAGAUCACAGUGAUUCUGAUGACCAAAUGUUAGUAGCAAAGCGCAGGCCAUCAUCAAACUUAAAUAAUAAUGUUCGAGGGAAAAGACCUCUAUGGCAUGAGUCUGAUUUUGCUGUGGACAAUGUUGGCAAUAGAACUCUGCGCAGGAGGAGAAAGGUAAAACGCAUGGCAGUAGAUCUCCCACAGGACAUCUCUAACAAACGGACAAUGACCCAGCCACCUGACGGUUGUAGGGAUCAGGACAUGGACAGUGAUAGAGCCUACCAGUAUCAAGAAUUUACCAAGAUCAAAGUCAAAAAAAGAAAGUUGAAAAUAAUCAGACAAGGACCAAAAAUCCAAGAUGAAGGAGUAGUUUUAGAAAGUGAGGAAACGAGCCAGACCAAUAAGGACAAAAUGGAAUGUGAAGAGCAAAAAGUCUCAGAUGAGCUCAUGAGUGAAAGUGAUUCCAGCAGUCUCAGCAGUACUGAUGCUGGAUUGUUUACCAAUGAUGAGGGAAGACAAGGUGAUGAUGAACAGAGUGACUGGUUCUAUGAAAAGGAAUCAGGUGGAGCAUGUGGUAUCACUGGAGUCGUGCCCUGGUGGGAAAAGGAAGAUCCUACUGAGCUAGACAAAAAUUUACCAGAUCCUGUCUUUGAAAGUAUCUUAACUGGUUCUUUUCCCCUUAUGUCACACUCAAGCAGAAGAGGUUUCCAAGCUAGACUCAGUCGCCUUCAUGGAAUGUCUUCAAAGAAUAUUAAAAAAUCUGGAGGGACUCCAACUUCAAUGGCUACAAACUGGACCAGUGAGAUUCCCCUAUAAACCAAAUCUUCUAAUGCUAAUAAAUUAGUUACGUUUUGAACAUCUGGGGAAUGACAUUCGAGGGAACCUGGCUCCUGUCCUCUUCCCUGGAGGAAUAUCAUUGAAGUGAGAGCCUCUUUGAUGAAAAGAUGGGGCUGUUUUUGCUGGAGGACUGGUAUUCUAACUUUUAGUCAGAAGUGAACCUGACUGGGGAGGCUUUCUAGGGAUUUAGGUUGGCCCAGGGUGGAUAGAAACUACUGUAAAUUAUAUAUUUUUCUCUUUUAUGAUUUUUUUUACAUUGAAUCCAUUUAUGUAUACUUGCUUUGCCAAAAUGCUAACAAAGCUAGAAAAUUUUAAACUUCCAGAUCUGACAAGUAUUCCUUAAUGUUUAUAUUGUGACUGAUUAAGAAUUAAUUUUUACAUAUCUGACUGUUGUAAAUAAAAAUCGUGAUGCAUUGACAUUUAUGGUUCAUUUUUAGAGACGUCUUAUAUAACCAGCAUUAUUUAAAAUAUUUGCAUUUUACUCAGGGUACUUUAACAAGGGCUAAGAUGAGUAGUAGGUGAGGUUGAUAAUCUUUGCUGGAGUUUGUAUUUUGUUCAGCUUCCUUUCUACUUGGGUAAUCUGCUCUGUAUUGCAAACUCAUUGUAUUUUAUAGUAUAGCUUUCAUUGUACUGCAAAAAUCAUCCUCGUUCUAAAUUAGCCACAGUGAUAACUAGUCUGCAGUAGUAGAAUCAUUUACCUUUUAAAUUAUCUGCUUUGUCUGAUACCUGAAACACAUCAAAAUUAUUAUUUUGGUUUAGAGCUUAAUGAAACAUGUGAAAGCUGGUAUUUUUAACAAAUACUGUGUGAUUCUGAAUCAUAUUGUCAUGUUUAAAAGUGAGAGCUGCUUGUACAUCUUUAGAAUGGCAGACCAUAUGUGUCACUGUGAGUGUCAGAAAUACUUGCAUGAGCUCAUUUUCACCAACCGGGGGGAAAAUGUAAUGUUUCUAUUGAUGGUAUAAUUUAGACACUAUAAUAAGUUCAGACCAUUUGAGUUCUUCAAAAUGGUUAUAUUAAAAUGAUAUUUUUAUUAAGCUUCAAUAAUGAAAAACAAUGUGAUUUAAUAUGUGUAUUUUUAUAUUAUUGUAUGGAUUGUUAAUUCAGCAUUUAAUGGCUAACUUAAAUAUGAUUGGAAAAGAAACUUCAAGUUGCCAUUGCUUUUACCUAAAGUUUUUAAAAUCUGAAAGAUUUCAGCAAAUGCAUUAAGCAGGAAUGUGUGACAUCUCCUUUUAGAUUGCUCGUCUAAUUUGGAGAGAUUAAAAAUGGUAAAGUGCAACUUUGAGUCUCUUUACCUUUGCAUAUUUAAAGUGAUAUUUAAAGGUACAAUAGUGUGGUGUUGGUAAUUGUAAGUAAGCUUUUCUGUGCUGUGUCUCUGGAGUGAAAAAUUCAUGUUUUUUUUCUGAAUUACAUAAAUGCUUUUGUUUUAUUUUGUAUAAUGACUGUCUUUUAGAUCUGAAUAAGUCACUUUAAAACCUUGGCCUAUGAACUUUGCCUUAUCAAUCAUGAAUCUAGAUGAAUGCUAUCUAGUUCUUGGUUCAGUUUUACCUAUUUUUAUUUUUGGUUCACUGCUUGCUUGAGCAUAGCUGGGAUUUGUAGCCCAUUUUCUAGGCUUAUCGCAAUCUCACUGUGGUAUUUUAUAGAAGCUAUUACAACUGAUAGGCUAGCUUCAUGGUAUUGAUGAUACAUGGCUUAACCAUACUAAAAGCUGCCUUCCCUCUCUAAAUUGUAAAAAGGUGAUUAAGUUUCACUUGAUGGAGAUAUACUAUAUAUGUGUGUUUAUCAUGGAACUAGUGCAUUAGGCCAUAAACUGUUUUUCUGGUCUAUGUUUUUUGUAUUUACAAUUUUACUGAAGACAAUGGACUCCUUUGGGUUUUCUUUCUUUCAACCCUAAAUUGUCCUUGUUUGGAUUUUUAAGUACUGUAAUUUUUUUUUUUUUCCCAAUAAAAUCUCUGACUUGGGCAAGAAAGGUAA